CAAACAUUUUGUUAGCUUUAGUAAGAAAUGAUUGCAGAGCAGAGAUUGUAUUUUCCUCAUGUCCUGUUCAUCAUUUAUCUUCAGUUUUCAUUCAGGUUUGCUUCAUCCCAGAUUUCAUGGUACCUAAAUGGCAGUUAUUUGAAUUCUACUGCUGGACUUUCCACUUCAUGGACCAAUAGGCCUUUUUGGUUUGAUGCACAAUCCACAUAUGGAUUAUCUCUCUUGACACCUAUCCUUCUGAGUGGAAUUAAUGGAAAUAAAUACCACUUCUGUGGCUUCUACUGCAAUAGCCAAAGUGUUGAAUGCCUUCUCCGGAUCUUCUUUGCAUUCCCGGACAGCUCCUCUACUGACAACAAAUUCAUGGAUCCCCAGUUGGUUUGGUCUGCUAAUCGAGACCGUCCAGUGAAUGCCAAUGCAACCUUGCAACUAGGAAAAGAUGGCAACUUGGUCUUGGCAGACUCUGAUGGCACUUUUGUUUGGUCCACUAAUACUACUGGAAAAUCUGUUUCUGGCUUAAACAUGACAGAAACGGGGAAUCUCGUGCUAUUUGACAAAGCCAAUCGCACAGUUUGGCAGUCGUUCGAUCAUCCUACAGAUUCUUUGCUCCCGGGGCAGAGCUUGGUUUCUGGAAGGAAGCUCAUAGCAAGCGUCUCAGCAACCAAUUGGAGUCAAAGUUUGCUUUCUUUAACUAUUAUCAAUGGAAGCUGGGCCACUUACAUCAAAUCUGAUCCACCUCAGUUUUACUAUGCUUCAAGUAAUCCGGAUACUAGCACUUAUUUCAGUUUUGAUGGUCAAACACUUACUGUUCAGCAAAACCCUCCUAAAUCACCAGCUCAAUUCAUGAAGCUUGGGCCUGAUGGACAUUUAUGGGUAUACCAAUGGGACGAGAAUGCAUUAGAUUGGAAAGUCAUAUCUGAUGUUUUGUUUAAUGUACAUGCAGAGAACUGUGGGUACCCGAUGGUGUGUGGAAGAUAUGGCAUUUGUACAAGUAAUGGGAAAUGUAGUUGUCCGCCAGAGCGAAAUUUCUUCAGGCCAUUAGAUGAGAGGAAAAUAGAUGUUGGAUGUGUACAGCUGACUUCCAUUUACUGCAACUCUUCGCAGUAUCAUAGUUAUGUAGAGCUCAAGAAUACCACAUAUUUUUCAUUUGAGUUCAGUGAUUCAGGCAUAUUAUCGUUUGAGGGGAAAAAGUUGGAAGAUUGCAAAGGGGCCUGUCUGAGAAACUGUUCCUGCAAAGCUGUUGUCUUCAGAUAUGAUUUGGAUGGGGCUACAACUGGGAGCUGUGUAUUACUGAAUGAGGUCUUUUCUCUCAUAGACACCGAGGACGGAAUGGACAAGCGAGUGUUUCUUAAGGUGCAGAAUUCCUCAAACACUCAGAAUCAGUCUCAAACCAUUUCUGAAGGAAAAAAAUCAAGACCUCACAUAGUGAUAAUAGGAUCUACUCUUGCAGCUUUCUUUGGGAUAAUGUUCAGUAUCACAGCUUUCUUUGUUAUCUUUAAAAAGAGGACAAAAGAUUCCAGAAAGGAUGGGGGUUUUCUGGAUCUCGAACCAAUCUUUCCAGGAAUGCUAACUCGGUUCUCUUACAAUGAGCUAAGAACAAUAACUGAAGAUUUCAGCAGAAAGCUCGGGGAAGGAGGAUUUGGCUCAGUAUAUGAAGGAACACUGAGUAAUGGCACAAAAAUAGCUGUAAAGCGUCUGGAUGGUCUAGGUCAUGUGAUGGAAUCAUUCUUAACAGAAGUAAACAUAGUCGGUGGGAUUCACCACGUCAAUCUGGUAAAACUCAUUGGAUUUUGUGCCGAAAAGACCCAAAGACUUCUGAUCUAUGAACACAUGGUAAAUGGAUCACUAGAUAGGUGGAUUUAUCAUAAAAAUGAAGAAAAUGGGCUUAGAUGGCAUACAAGGCAAAGGAUUAUAACAGAUAUUGCCAAAGGAUUAGCUUAUCUUCAUGACGAAUGCAGCCAGAAGAUAAUUCAUUUGGACAUCAAACCACAAAAUAUCCUUCUAGAUAAAAAUUUCAAUGCUAAGAUAUCUGAUUUUGGUCUGUCGAAACUGAUCGAUAAAGACGAAAGCAAAGUUGUAACUAGGAUGAGAGGAACACCAGGGUAUUUGGCUCCUGAAUGGUUGAGGUCAGUUAUCACUGAGAAAGUAGACGUGUAUGCAUUUGGAAUUGUGCUCUUGGAGCUGUUGUGUGGGAGAAAGAAUUUGGAUCGGUCCCAAGCUGAUGAGGAUGUCCAUUUGCUAAGUGUUUUCGAAAGAAAAUCGGAACAACAGCAGCUUAUGGAUAUUGUUGACAAAAACAAUGAGGAUAUGCAGAUCCAUAAAGAAGCAGUGACAGAAAUGAUGAGCAUUGCUGCGUGGUGUCUACAGGGUGAUUUCACCAAGAGGCCUUCCAUGUCAUUGGUGGUUAAGGCAUUGGAAGGUUUGGUGACUGUUGAAACAAACUUGGAUUACGAUUUCACAAGCCUACCCGAGGUUGAGGAUUGCAACCAACAGAGGGAAGACACUAUCAGCUUAAUAUUGCCUUCAAUUUUAUCCGGUCCAAGGUGA